AUGGCUUCUUACCCAUUAACCGUUGAAAAUGUCCGCUUGGUAGAUCGAAUAUCUUCUAAAAAAGCAGCCCUAGGUACUUUGUAUUUGACGGCUACUCAUGUAAUAUUUGUGGAAAAUGCACCUGACACCAGAAAAGAAACAUGGAUUCUUCACAGUCAGAUUUCCACCAUUGAAAAACAGGCAACAGCCGCUACUGGGUGCCCUCUGCUGAUUCGCUGCAAGAACUUUCAGCUGUUACAGCUCAUCAUACCGCAGGAAAGAGACUGCCAUGAUGUGUACAUCUCUCUCAUACGCCUUGCUCGGCCAGUGAAAUACGAGGAGUUAUACUGCUUUUCAUUCAACCCCAAGCUGGAUAAAGAAGAAAGAGAACAGGGCUGGAUGCUGAUCGAUCUCAGCGAAGAAUACAAGCGAAUGGGCCUCCCUAAUAAUUAUUGGCAGCUCAGCGAUGUGAAUAGAGACUACCGAGUUUGUGAUUCUUACCCUACUGAACUGUAUGUUCCCAAAUCGGCCACAGCACACAUCAUCGUGGGGAGUUCCAAAUUCCGGAGCAGACGGCGAUUUCCUGCCCUUUCUUACUACUAUAGAGAUAACCACGCCUCCAUCUGUCGGAGCAGCCAGCCUCUGUCCGGCUUCAGUGCCCGCUGCCUGGAGGACGAGCAGAUGCUUCAGGCCAUCAGGAAAGCCAAUCCAGGAAGUGACUUCAUUUACGUCGUGGACACUCGGCCCAAACUCAAUGCAAUGGCAAAUCGUGCCGCAGGGAAGGGCUAUGAGAACGAAGAUAACUACUCCAAUAUCAAGUUUCAGUUCAUCGGGAUAGAGAACAUCCACGUCAUGAGGAACAGUCUGCAAAAAAUGCUGGAAGUGUGCGAACUUAAAUCUCCCUCGAUGAGUGACUUUCUGUGGGGACUGGAGAACUCUGGCUGGUUAAGGCACAUUAAGGCCAUCAUGGAUGCAGGAAUCUUCAUUGCAAAGGCAGUCUCAGAGGAAGGGGUGAGUGUGCUGGUUCACUGUUCUGAUGGCUGGGACAGGACCGCCCAGGUGUGCUCGGUGGCCAGCCUCCUGCUCGAUCCGCAUUACCGGACUCUGAAGGGCUUCAUGGUAUUAAUUGAAAAGGACUGGAUUUCCUUUGGUCAUAAAUUUAAUCACAGAUAUGGCAAUCUAGAUGGUGAUCCAAAAGAAAUCUCUCCAGUUAUCGAUCAGUUCAUCGAAUGUGUCUGGCAGUUAAUGGAACAAUUUCCCUGUGCCUUUGAGUUCAAUGAGAGAUUUCUGAUUCACAUUCAACAUCACAUUUAUUCCUGCCAGUUUGGAAACUUCCUAUGUAACAGCCAGAAGGAGCGACAAGAACUCAAAAUUCAAGAAAGAACAUACUCUUUAUGGGCUCACCUGUGGAAGAAUCGGGCCGACUACAUGAAUCCUCUAUUUAGGGACGAUCACAGCCAGACCAGGGGAACCCUUCGUCUCCCCACAACGCCGUGCAACUUCCUGUACAAGUUUUGGAGUGGGAUGUACAACCGCUUCGAAAAGGGGCUGCAGCCCCGACAGUCUGUUACCGAUUACCUCAUGGCGGUGAAGGAGGAAACCCAGCAGCUGGAGGAAGAACGAGAGGCCCUAGAAGAAAGGCUGGAAAAAAUUCAGAAAGUCCAGUUAAAUCACACUAAAGUGAAGGCUAAGCAAAGCGAACCCAGCAAACACUCAGGGUUUUCUACCUCAGACAACAGCACAGCCAACACUCCCCAGGAUUACAGUGGAAACAUGAAAUCCUUUCCAUCCAGGAGUCCUUCACAAGGUGAUGAAGAUUCUGCUCUCAUUCUAACCCAAGACAAUUUGAAAAGCUCAGAUCCGGAUCUGUCGGCCAACAGCGAUCAAGAGUCCGGGGUGGAGGACUUGAGCUGUCGGUCCCCAAGUGGUGGGGAGUGUGCACCAAGCGAAGACAGUGGCAAGGACCGUGAUUCUGACGAAGCUGUGUUUCUCACUGCCUGA